AUGCAAGGGCUUCUUUUGAGGCGAGCAGCUUCAACUGUGGCGACAGCAGCAGCAGCAGCUGCUGCUGCUGCAGGCCGCAGCCCCUUAGCCAGAACAGCAGCAGCAACAGCAGCAGCAGCACUGAGCCGGGGCGCCUCUUGCCCGCCUUCGGCACUCGGCUUCGUGCGAGCCGCUCUCCCUUCCUUCACCCCUGCAGCAGCUCCGCGACCAGCAGCAGCAGCAGCAGCAGCAGCAGCAGCAGCAGCAGCAGCAGCAGCAGGUGUGCGCUGCCUCAGCUCUGCAGCAGACUCAAUACCCGCAGAAGAAACCCCAAACCCCAACGCCCUGAAGUUCAGGCCUCUUCUCCCUCGGCCUUUGGUGAACAAAAAGGGGAAAGUCACUUCGACGCAGUUCUAUAGAGGCAGCAGCAACUCUUCAAAUUCCCCCAUGGCUCAAGCACUCCUGCAGCUGGAAGGCGUCUCCUCUGUGUUGAUUGGGGCUGGCUUUAUCUCCGUCGUGAAGACAGCAGAAGCAGAUUGGGCCUCGCUAAAGCCCCAGGUAGAAGAAGCCAUCAGGUCUUCGGUAGAUGCGCAGCUUGCUGCUGCAGCAGCUGCUGCUGCAGCGGAAGAGAGCGAGGAGGCGGCAGCAGCAGGAGCAGCAGCAGCAGCAGCAGCAGAAGCAAAGGCAGCAGCAGCAAACGCGCCUCUAAGUGAAGAAGAGGCUGAACUCUUCGAGUCCAUCAAAGAGACAAUAAACCACAGAGUCAAGCCCAUGCUGCAGAGCGACGGGGGCGACGUGGAAGUGCUGCGUUUCGACGCGGAGAGCGGCGCGCUGUACGUGGAGGAGGUGAUUGAGUGCGACGAAAACGGAGAUCCCAUCGAACCCUCAGAAGACGAAGCACGUGCAGCAGCAGCAGCAGCAGCAACAACAGCACCAGAAGCAGCAGCAGCUGCGGCAGCAACAACUGAGGCAGCUGAGGCAGCAGUAGCAGCAACUGCAGCAACAGCAGCAGCUGCAGCUGCUGCAGCAGCACUAGCAACGGCCGCAGCGUGA